AUGGCUCUUCAUAAUCCAAAUAAUUGGCACUGGGUCAACAAAGACGUAUCCGCCUGGGCGAAAGAAUACCUCGACAAGGUUCUCUCAACUAUCUCAGCAGAAGAGGGCGAUGUGUCAGCCAAGAUCGACAAAGUCAUCAGCUUAGAUGGAGAUGUAGAUGUUAGUCAAAGAAAAGGCAAAGUAAUCACGCUCUACGACGUCAAACUUCAACUCGAAUACUCAGGCAAGAAUAAAGAAGGUGAAGAGGUCAGUGGAACUAUUACUGUUCCAGAGGUCGCACACGACACGGAGGAAGAUGAGUACGUCUUUGACAUAGACAUCUACUCUGAGUCAAACAGCAAACAGCCAGUGAAAGAUCUUGUGCGCGCAAAAAUAACACCACAAUUGCGAAAGCACCUUCAAAAGCUCGGCCCCACCCUGAUCUCCGAACAUGGGAAAGACAUCCAGCACGCGCCUGGCUCAAAUCCGUCCAGUGGUUUCACUACACCCAAAUACCUUCCCGGCUCGCAUAUCACCAAAGGCGAUACCAAAGUUUCAAAGUCUGCCGAAACCACUACACAGGGAUCUGUCAACGUUACGACUGUAAAUGAUCAAACAGAGUUCCGAACUUCUGCCGAGGAGCUAUAUAAGACCUUCACCGAGCCUGACCGUCUUGCUGCGUUCACACGGGCACCUCCAAAGGUCUUCGAAGGCGCAAAAGCUGGCGGUAAGUUCGAAUUAUUCGGUGGCAACAUUUCCGGUGAGUACGUGACCUUAGAGGCACCAACGAAGAUUGUGCAGAAAUGGCGACAAAGCGACUGGGUCGCUGGCCAUUUCUCGACACUUGAGAUUAAGUUCGAUCAGAAUGAUGCAGACCACGUCACCGUCAUGCGCGUAGAAUGGAAGGGAGUGCCUGUAGGCAAAGAAGACGUUGUAAAAACCAACUGGGAGAAUUACUAUGUGAUAAGUAUCAAACGGACUUUCGGUUUCGGCACAGUUCUAUGA